AUGGCUAAUAAGUCUAUGACCACAAAAGCUGAAGAUGAGACGUAUCAGCUAUUGGAACAAUUGGAUCAUAUUCUGAAACGUCCAGAAACAUAUAUUGGCUCUACAAAACCAACUACAGAGGAUAUGUGGAUAGUCGAUGACAGUGGGGAAGAAGUUAAAAUCAUUAAAAAAGAAGUAACAUAUGUACCCGGUUUAUACAAAAUAUUUGAUGAAAUAUUAGUCAAUGCUGCUGAUAAUAAACAACGUGAUCCGACAGGCAUGUCCUCAAUCGAUAUUCAUAUUAAUGGUGAGAAAAAUGAGAUUAAGAUUUGUAAUGACGGCAAAGGCGUUCCAGUCCGAAAAUGGGCGAAAGACGAAACGAUUUAUAUUCCAACAUUAAUAUUUGGUCAAUUAUUAACAUCAGAUAAUUUUAAUGACGAUAAAAAACGAAUCACUGGUGGUCGAAAUGGCUAUGGUGCAAAAGUAACAAAUAUAUUUAGUUCGAAAUUUAUCGUUGAAACAUCAUCUAAAGAAUUUGGAAAAACAUUCAAGCAGGUUUGGACAAAUAAUAUGCGUUCACCAGAAGAUGCACAAAUCACAAAAACUGGUGAAAAUGCCAAAGAAUAUACAAGAAUCACAUUUUAUCCCGAUUUAAAACGAUUUGGUAUGGAUAAAUUAGACGAUGAUAUGAUUUCAUUAUUCAAACGUCGCGCUUACGAUGUUGCUGUAUCCACGAACGUAAAAGUUACACUCAAUGGGAAAAAGUUAGCGAUAAAAUCACUAAAAGAUUAUAUUCAGUUAUAUGUUGAUUGCGAACCAAAUCAAAUUGUUCAUAAAAAGUUUAAUGAUCGAUGGGAAAUUGGUGUUGUUAAAAAUGAACAAUAUUCAUCUGGUCAACAACAAGUUAGCUUUGUUAAUAGUAUAUUAACAUCCGAUGGUGGAAAACAUGUUGAUUAUAUUAGUGAACAAAUAGCACCAAAAAUAGUUGAAGCAAUUAAAAAGAAGAAUAAACAAGCCAGUGAAUUAAAACCAGCUGAAGUUAAAAAACAUUUAUUUUUAUUUGUUAAUUGUUUAAUUGAAAAUCCAGAAUUUGAUUCACAAGCUAAAAAACAAUUAUCAACAACAAAAUCACAUUUUGGUUCGAAAUGUGAGAUUAAAGAUGAUGAAGCCUUUAUCAAAGAUGUUGUAAAAAAAUGUGGUAUUAUUGAACAAGUUAUUGAUUGGUUAGAAAAUAAACAAACAGCAAAACUAAAUAAACAAAGUGGUUCAAAAACAUCAAAAUUAAAAGGUAUACCAAAAUUAGAUGAUGCCAAUGAUGCUGGAACAAAAAAUUCGAUUUAUUGUACAUUGAUCGUUACAGAAGGAGAUUCAGCUAAAGCAUUGGCAGUAGCUGGCCUUGGUGUUAUUGGACGAGAUCGAUAUGGUUGUUAUCCAUUACGUGGUAAAAUGUUAAACGUUCGUGAAGCAGCAAAUAAAAAAGUUACUGAUAAUAAUGAAAUAACACAAUUAUGUAAAAUACUUGGUCUCAACUACAAAGAAACAUAUGAAACAAAAGCUGAUUUAAAUAAAUUGCGUUAUGGUAAAUUAAUGAUUAUGGCUGAUCAAGAUUUUGAUGGAAGUCAUAUUAAAGGAUUAGUGAUUAAUUUUAUUCAUUAUAAUUGGCCAAAUUUAUUAAAACAUGAUUUCAUUGAAGUAUUUAUUACACCAAUUUUAAAGGUGACAAAAGGUAAAACAGAAAUUCCAUUUUAUUCCAUGCCUGAAUUUGAAGAAUGGCAAGAGAAAACAAAAGAUUGGGCCAAAUAUAAAAUGAAAUACUACAAAGGUCUUGGUACAUCAACCGCAAAAGAAGCAAAAGAAUAUUUUUCCACUAUGGACCGUCAUCGUAUUGUACUCAAAUAUUUGGGUACCAAAGAUGAUUUGGCAAUUCAUUUGGCAUUUAAUGGAACGUUGGCUGAUGAUCGAAAAGAUUGGAUAAAAUGGCAUUCAGAAGAUUUAAAAAAUCGUCGUGAACAAAAUUUACCAAUUGAUUAUUUAUAUAAAAAAAAUACAAAACAAAUCAAUUACACGGAUUUCGUCAAUAAAGAAUUAAUAUUGUUUUCAAAAUCGAAUACUGAACGAGCAAUACCAAAUAUUAUGGAUGGUUUUAAACCAGGUCAACGAAAAAUAAUGUACGUUUGUUUUACAAAAAAUAUCAUUCGUGAAAUUAAAGUAGCACAAUUAGGUGGGAAAGUUGCUGAAUAUUCUGCCUAUCAUCAUGGUGAAAUAUCAUUGACAAAAACAAUUGUUGGUCUAGCACAAAAUUUUGUGGGUGCAAAUAAUAUUAAUUUACUUGUACCAGCUGGUCAGUUUGGAACACGUAUUAAUGGUGGUGAUGAUGCAGCCAGUGCACGUUAUAUUUUUACAAAAUUAAGUUCAUUGGCACUUGCAUUAUUUAAUAAAAAUGAUGAAGCACUAUUGACCUAUUUGAAUGAAGAUGGUAUGAGAAUUGAACCGGAAUGGUAUUGUCCACUUAUACCAAUGGUCUUAGUCAAUGGAGCCACUGGUGUGGGAACAGGAUAUUCAACAGACGUUCUGAAUUAUGAUCCAAUGAUAUUGGCGAAUAAUAUGCGUUACUAUAUUCGCCAGGAAAAAGAACGUCGUGGUAUUACUUCAAAUUAUCCAGACACAAUAACAUUAAAAGAAUUGAUACCAUCAUUUAAAAAUUUUACUGGUGAAACUAAAUUGUUGGAUAAUGAUCGUACACGUGGUGUUAUUAAUGGUGUUUGUGCAAAAUUAGAUGAUCAAACAAUUGAAAUAACCGAUUUACCAGUUGGCAUAUGGACACAAACAUAUAAAGAAGCCACAUUAGAACAAAUGUUAAGUCCAAAAGAUGGCACACCACCGCUAAUUCUUGAUUAUAAAGAAUAUCAUACGGAUACAACUGUACGUUUUGUUGUUAAAAUGACUCCACAAGCAUUGGCCGAUUAUAUUCAACAAGGAUUACACAAAGUAUUAUUCGAUCAUAAUAAUGUACUGCGUUUGUACAAUAAUGUCGAGGAAAUAUGUGAAGAGUUUUUUACUACUCGUUUAUAUAUGUAUGUGAGACGUAAAGAAUAUAUGGUCGGUUCAUUACAAGCAAUAUGUCUGAAAUUAGAUAAUGUUGCACGAUUCAUCAAAGAGAAAAUUGAAGGUGUUGUUGCUGUUGAAAAUAAAAAAAUAUCAAAAGUUGUGGAAAUGUUAAUUGAACGAAAAUAUGAUCGUGAUCCAGAGAAAGUAUGGCGUGAAGAAUCUAAGAAAAAAUUUAGUGUUGAUAUUCAACAAGCAACAUCGUCAUCUUCAAAUAGUGAUGAUGCGUUAGACGAUAUGCAACAGAAACAAGAUGAGGAAGAAAAUGAUGAUGAUGAUGAUGGAUCUGGUAAUCAAAAUCAGCCAACGACUGGCACAGUGGCAGUCAGAGAGCGUGUUGAUACAACAUACUAUGAUUAUCUUAUUAAUAUGUCAUUGAGAAAUUUGACAAAAGAAAAACGUGACGAUAUAUUGAGAGAACAAAAAGCAAAACAUGAUACAUUAGAAGCGUUGAAAAGUAAAACACCGGAAGAUUUAUAUGAAGAUGAUUUGGAUAAUUUUGAAAAUGAAUACAAAAAACAAAUGACUAAAGAAAAAGCAGAUGAAAUGACUGAUGUGGCACAUUAUACUACAAAAAAAGUGGGUGGACCCGCAUCAAAAAAACAAAAACCAGAACGACAAGAAACAAAACCGGCACCACAUGGACAAAAAAUAGCACCUGUCAUUGAUCCAAAUUUGCUGAAAAAAUCGGAAGAUGAACAAAAGAAACGAAAAAGAGAAGAAAAAGUUACAGAUAAACAAAAAAUCAUUGAUUUUCUUAUCCAAGAGGGUAUUACAGGUGAUCAGUUGGCAAGUUUAAUCCCAGAAGCCAAGAAAAAGAGAGUUAAAGGUGCAGUGACUAGUGAUGGAAAGAAAAUAGCUAAAGAAAAAGAAAGUCCCGUUGAAAAUAUUAUUAAUAGUAACACUGAAUUUAGUGGUGGAAAUGAAUCUGGCAAAAGUCAACCAACAAUCGAGUCGUAUAUGAGUAAAGAUAUAAUAUUAAAAUCAAAUCCAAAACGAGUAGUGAAAGAAAAAGUUCAAAAAUAUAAAGGUGCUGAUGAUAGUGAUGAUUCAGAACAAAAACCCAAUGGAAUGGAUACAGAUGGUGAAGAUGAUGAUGUUAAAUAUCUACCCAGUGAGGAUAGUGAUUACGAAAAACCAAAAGCCAAAAAAUUAGCAAAACCAAAACCAGCUACAACGUCAUCAAAUGGUACAAUUGCCAAAAAAAGUUCACCAAGCAAACCGAAUGCAUUUAAUGUUUUAAUGUCGUCGAAUCAAUUAAAUGUUGUAGAAAAGGCAAAGAAAACACAUAUAAAAAAAGAAACAAAUGGAAUUCAGAAAGAAGGAAGUGAUAUGAAAACAAUAAAGCCAACAGUUAAACGAACAAAAGCAAUGAUUAAAGAUGAAAGUGACAAUGAAGUCGUCGAUCUCGAUGAUUCAUUCUCGUCGGAGUCAAAAAAGCCUCGACGAGCUGGUGCAAAAAAGGUUUAUACAAUCGCUGAUGAUAGUGAAAAUGAUUUUGAAAAUUAG